GCCAAAUUCACGGGCCAAUGAGAGGCGAAAAAAGAGCCAAGCCGAACAGCAACGGCUUCCUCAGCCCGAGGAGUCAUCAGAGUGCUUGGAAACAUUUUUUUUCCAAUUAAAAAAAUAAAAAGUAUCAGUCUUAACAUUCAAAGGCAGGAACCCCCAAAACCCACCACCACUGCAGCAGGCAGAGGUUGGCUUGGCGCGAUGAAAAGACCCGCGGCAGCAGGAGCAGCCGUGCGCGAAGUACUCCAGGAUUACCUCGCUUUCUACCGCGCUCACUGGGCGGUGGGGAAACUUCUGAUCUGUAAUGAAGGCGCCCUGAAGAGCCGAGUCCGGCGCCUCCUGGCAGCCGAUCCCUGCCUGGCCGGGGCUUCGGGGAAAUUCGACGUGUACUCCAUCGCGGAGAGCUGCUUGAGGAUGAACCGCGAGCAGGGAGGGGUCGUUUUCCGAAAGCUGAUCCAAGCUCUGGAGUUUCUGGAGCUGAUCUGCGUCAACCUCUUCCUCUCCCCGUGGAGAAAAGAAAUAAAGUCACUGAAGACUUUUACAGGAAACUUUGUCUACUACGUACGAUCUGCUCUCCCAGAAGGCAUCAUGGUAAAGGUGCUAGAGGAAAUCGGCUACAUUGCAACGACCGCCACUGAGUUUUCACUGGCCAGAAAGCUAAAUGAGGAGACUGAACAAGCUGCAUUUGAAAUAUUCCUUGCACGAAUUGAGUGUGAAGACCUCGUUGAAAUCGCAGAGGAUGUCAGAGACAGUGAUUUGGUGGAUAUCCUGCAGAAGAAAAGAGCCCAAAAGCAUUGGUGUGAUGCUGAAAGUAACCUAGAUAGAAACCCUCGGCCUUCCCAGAGAAAGGAAUGCACGAUUAAAGGGGGAAGAAAUGAGACACUCAGUCCUCAGCAGACACACUUGACCCACAGCAAACUGGCCUUCGAAGUGGUUGAGAACAGCAGGUGCCAAAAUGAAGUUGGUGUCAAAUUGACUGCAGAAGAACCUCAACCAGCUGCUUCCAAAUUCACGAGGGAGCAAAACAGAAGCCAAAGCCAGGCAGAUGCCUUGGCAGACUCCUGCACCAAAAGCUCCGAUAGUGAGGAUUUCUUGAUUAAAUACAGCGACAUUGUUAUCGGACAAAAGCCUCUCCAUUUGGCAGAUCUUCCUCCAAAAGCAUCUGAGGAUGAGACUCAGAAUACAGGACUCAUUGGGUCAAGACAGGGCCCACCAGCAAAUGAACCCUGGUCGCUAGAGCUUCUUUCUCCUGAUGCUAGCGGCCCACAAGCCUUAGCCAUACUUAAUGACGUUGCUUUGGAAGGCAAAGUUCCUUAUGGAUACCAGGCCCAAGAAUCCUCUAGGGAGAUGACUGAAUCAAAGAUCUGUGAUGCCAUGAGCUGCCUCACCAUUCAUGGAUCAGAUCCAACAGACCAGCCCAAAGAACUGAAAGGGAACACUAUACAACACAGCAAUAAAUUCGCAGCAUGCAGCUUCUCUAGUAAAGAGGUAGUCUGUCACUUAUCCUCGGCUUCAAAGGAGGAGGAUGGUAUAGAGAAGCUCAUGUAUCCUGUAGAGGAAACAGCACAACCAGAGUUGAUAACAAGCAAAAGGGGCAUUAAAGAAUUUGAUCGUUCUAAGACGAAACUUGCAGACCAACCUGGUGAAGAUAGAGAGGGCUUCAACGUUGACCUCUAUACGUCAGAGCUCUUCUGUAAUAUUGCUGGGUGCAAUUGUCCCACGGUUGGUUUGAGUUACAACAGACUUGUAGUAGGCAAUCCAGGCUUACAUGAAGCUGGGGAGUACUUCAGGCACAUUGGUGAGCCACCCAGCUCAUCCUGUAUCACCUCUCCAGAGGCUUGCUACCAUGGUGGCACUCCAGCAGAUAUUCAGUGCAGAGGGGAAGAAUGCAAUCUCAACUCCUCUUUUGUGGGCUUUGAUACUUGUGUUGUACCACUGAAUGAAACUAACCCAGAGGGUUAUGUCGUUAUAAACAAAGAUGAUUAAGAAACAAGUCCAACAGAGCCUUCCACAUCCAAAGGGUUUAUUGAGGCAGGAGGGCACAGAUGGUAGGGAGCAUAGUGCCAAGCGGCCUCCUUCUGCUUCCUUCCAUAGCUAUCACUUGCCUUUAGUGGGGGUUAGAGGAAAGUGGAAGAGGAGGAUAGAAGGAAUUCAUUGGGGUCCAAUAAUCAAACAACCAAAUCCUUUGCCUGUUUUCACAGACAUACCAGUAUGUUCAACAGGCCUUGCUCUUUGGUCUACGUCUGAGUAGGCAUGCAUGGGAUUGUACUGACCUUUAUCAGAAAAGCACACUUAUCUAAACCUUUUUGAGAUAUAUACCCUACUGAAAUGCUGUUAUGCUCCCUUUUCCCUAGUUAUUCUUCCACUAACAAAUAACUCAAGCCUAUUUUGUGUUUCUGUGCCCAACACUGUACCAAAAUCAACCAGCAUCUGCAAAAUCAAAAGCUGUCUUGCUUAUUGCGCCAAACCACUGGAGUUAAAUUUCAAGCAGAACAUGGCCUGGGUAUAGGUGAAAUGGGGACUUAUUUUUUUUAAAAAAAAGGUUGCCAGCAUUUGCAAACUGGAAGGCUGUCAUGGAAGAAUACAAGAAUUUUCUAUAGAAACUAUUUCUGCAUCAGGUAGGGUAGGGUGGGGUGAAUUACUUUUUCUGGAAUUAAAAAAGUGUGGAAAAGGAA